AUGCAGGUGCCUUUGAUCCGCUUACAAUGUGGUGUGAACAGCUAUGAUUGGGGAAAGGUUGGCCAACAGUCUGCUGCUGCCAAAUAUGCUGCUGCCACAGCUGGCUCAGAUUUCAGUAUUGAAGAAGCCAAACCAUAUGCAGAGCUAUGGAUGGGAACACAUCCGUCACUUCCUUCGAAAGAUGUCGAAACACAGCGGACCUUGCUAGACCUUGUACAAGAUAACCAAGCGCUCAUGGGACCGGAAGUCACCCAACGAUACGGCGGGAAAUUGCCAUUCUUGUUCAAGGUCUUGUCUAUCAACAAGGCACUGAGCAUUCAGGCCCACCCGAAUAAAAAGCUGGCCGAGCAAUUGCAUGCUCGUGACCCAAGAAAUUAUCCUGAUGACAACCACAAACCCGAAAUGACUAUCGCCAUCACGCCGUUCGAGGGGCUCUGCGGAUUUCGACCGCUCUCCGAGAUCGUGCACUUCCUGAACCGCGUGAAACCACUUCGUUCUCUAGUCGGACAACAAGCAGCGGCGCAAUUCGAAGAGAUUGUCAAGGGGUCGGAAAAUGCACAGGACGAAGCUACAGUUAAUCGUAACAAAGAUGCUCUCAAGGCUAUAUUCGCAUCAUUGAUUGAAUCGCCUCAGGACAAGAUUGAAGAAGCGACCAAGGAGCUAGUGUCAGAAGCGCAGAACUCUCCCAACAGUUUCGCAAUCAACCCUAGUACCGAGACGAAUCCAAGCGGUGCAUCUGAGCUCGCAGAACUAGUUGUGCGACUGAACGGACAAUUCCCCAAUGAUAUCGGGCUGUUUGUUCUAUUUUUCCUAAAUUUCGUCAAGCUCGCCCCAGGAGAAGCCAUGUUCCUUAAAGCGGACGACAUUCACGCAUACAUUUCCGGAGAUAUCAUCGAAUGCAUGGCAUCUUCCGAUAAUGUUGUCCGCGCAGGUUUCACACCAAAAUUCAAAGAUGUCUCCACCCUCACGAGUAUGCUAACAUAUUCGUAUGCACCUAUCGAAGAGCAAAAAAUGCAACCUACAGAGUACCCCUACGCCACAUUGAAUACAGUGGCCUACUCGAGCGGAUCAUCCACAAUCCUCUACGACCCCACUGCCAUUGAAGAAUUCGCCGUUAUCAAAACAGACCUCAACAAGAAGGGCGCCAAAGCAACAUUUGACCCUAUCCCAGGACCAAGUAUUGUCAUUUGCACCAGCGGACAGGGCAAGAUUAGCGUGGGACCUGCAAAGAUUGAAGAGGUGAAAGAAGGAUAUGUGUUUUUCGUAGGUGCUAAUGCUGAGUGUGUGAUUGAGAGUACGACUGAAGAUGACAGCCAACAAUUUACGACUUUCAAGGCGUUUUGUGAGUUGACUGGGAGGGAGGAUUUGCCGAAUGGGCAUUGA